UUGGUUUCUUGAUUCUCAGAGAGAGAGAGAGAGAGAAACUGUGUGCUGGUGAGUUUUAAGAGAAAUACAUCAGUAGCACCUGAUGCUGAACUAGAAGCAGCUCAUAAUGGCAGCUUAUUACCCCAACAACGUCACCACUGAUCACAUUCAACAGUACCUAGAUGAGAAUAAGUCCCUGAUUUUGAAGAUCGUCGAGAGCCAGAAUUCGGGUAAAAUGAGUGAAUGUGCAGAAAACCAGGCCAGGCUGCAGAGAAAUCUCAUGUACCUAGCAGCCAUAGCUGAUUCUCAUCCACCUCCAAACAUUCAUCCACAGUUUUCUUCGAGUGGUGUUAUGCAGCCAGGAGCGCAGUACGCUCACCACCAGCAAAUCACGCCGCAGGCACUUGCGACGAUGCGAUCCUCCAUGCUCUACCCUCAGCAGCCUUUCUCUGCACUGCAGCAGCAGCAGCAGCUCGGUGCGAGCUCUGGUGGAGGCACAGGAUUCAACAUCCUCCACAGCGAGGCGAGCCAUUCAGGCAUCGGCCGCUCAGUGUUCGGUGUCGGAGGUGGAGGAUUCCCCGAGUUCGCCCACGCCUCGACAGGCAUGUCGAGCGGGAGCAAGAACGACGUGGGCAGUGCGACUUCUUCUGAGGGCCGAGGAGCAAGCUCACUGAGCGGCCCGGGUGGCGAUAAUGGAGAAACCCUUUACUUGAAAGCCGCAGAUCAUGAAGGGAAUUGAAGGGUGAGGAUGGCAAACGCUCGAGCCCCCUCGAGGCCCGCUAGUUACUUGCUUGUUAGGCUUAUGCGCAAGAAAGACUAAUCGAUUAGCUUUAUGUUGUUCUUGUUUUCCUGGGUAGAUGAUGCACUGAUGCUGUAAAUUCUCUAGGUUGAAUUGAAUCGCUAUGCGUUUCUGCUCUUGGUUGGCCUGUUUCGUUUCUUUCCGUUGCUGAAUGUGACAUUUUGAAUCUG